CGUCACCACUGUCCUGUGUCUGCCUCGGCUGCAGUGGCGCAGAGAGAGCCAGCCUCCUACACCCCUGGCACGACGAGAGCAUGGAGCAGCGGGAUCAUAGUGAGGUGCACAUUGGCGGCGAGUGGACAGGUGCGGCGGUCUGGCCUUGGCUUAAUCAUCGCUGGGGACUUGACGAGCCAUUGGACCCUUCCCCUUGCGAUUAAGGCACAUGCGGAGCCACGCCCCGCACAUGCUGACACAGUCCAGCAGGACCGAUUGUAGGGCGAGCAGGUAGGCAGAGUACAGCUGUCGCCGCUCAGAAAAGCGUUUAGUAGAUAAGAAGGGCCCCUCGUAGCAUCGCUCCCUCACGUUCGCUUCAAUUGCAUCAUUGCAACUGUCCCGCUCUACUAUCACCCAUUCCUUCACCCUCCAACGCAUGGAAAACACCACUGGCACUAAUCCAAUCGAUGGCAACACCAUUCGCUCAUCCAAUAACCCUUGCAGCUUGCCACUGAACGAACAGGCCAUCGUAGACGGCGACGACGAGCCCCCUGAUAGUGGCUUCACCCCCACCUACUUACCUCAACAAGAACAACAGCCUUCUGAUAUCAAGCAUCUCAACGACUCCUCCCAUGAGGCAAGCAAUGUCUUUCCCGUCGACGCAAAUCAUGACUCCGAGGAUGGCGUCGGCAAAGGCCGAUCGCGUACCCUCACCCUCGAGUCGUGUGACCUCAGCCUCAGCGAUACCUGUCAGGCGCGACCUGGCGUCACAGAAGCCAAGGAACCUGCCCCUGCACCCGUCAUUGAUGGAGACUCCGCGUUCGUGGCAGAAAUGGCUCGCAUGCGAGGGCAUACUAUGACAGGAGACGAGGUUAUUGCUUUGCUGAAUACUACUACUACAGGCCUCACCUCUCAGGAGGCCACCAACCGUCUGGAGACGUACGGCCAGAAUGUCAUUGCCGAACAAAAGCCUACUUCGAUGCUGACCAUCUUCGUUCGUCAAGUGGCGAAUUGCAUGACAGUCGUCCUUCUCGCCGCUCUAGCACUCUCAUUCGGUGUCAGAGACUGGGUUGAAGGUGGGGUCGUCGCCGCCGUCAUCGUUACCAACAUCGUCAUCGGCUUCACUCAGGAGUACAAGGCGGAGUCAACCAUGGCCUCCCUUCGCGAUCUCUCUUCGCCCACUGCCGAAGUCUACCGUGAUGGCGAAUUGCAAACGUUACAGUCUGCUCUACUUGUUCCUGGAGAUGUGGUCGCUGUCAAGGUCGGGGACUUGUUACCCGCAGACGUCCGUCUGACCAGUCUGUCCAACUUGGAGACCUCUGAAGCUUCUCUGACCGGAGAGUCGCUGCCCGUGGUCAAGGUCAUCGACGCCCUCUUCGACCCGACCUUCAUUUCUCCUCCCGCUGACCGCAUUAAUUUGGCCUACUCUUCCACGAUUGUCACCAAGGGUCGAGCUACCGGCACCGUCAUCGCCACCGGCCCACACACCCAGCUUGGCAAGAUCGCCGAGGAGAUGGGCAGGAAGCAGGCUACGGAUUGCGGCUUCUGGUCACGGACCUGGGAGAAGAUGGCUGGCUACCUUGGUCUUCGAGGCGGCACGCCCUUGCAGAUCAAAAUGAACAAGUUCGCCUACGUACUCCUCGCCAUCGCUGUCGUAUGUGCCAUCAUCGUAUUCGCGGUUGCCGAAUUCGAGCUCAACUCCGAGAUCCUCCUCUAUGCCAUCGCGCUCGCCAUCGGGGUCGUACCCGAGUCUCUCAUUCCUGUACUCACCAUCACGUUCUCGGUCGGUGCUAAGCGAAUGGCGCAGUCCGGUGUCGUCAUCCGUCGGAUUGAAGCCCUCGAGGCCCUCGGCGGUGUCAGUCUCGUAUGCAGUGACAAGACUGGUACUCUCACCCAGGGCAAGAUGGUUACCCGCAAGCUCUGGUUGCCCGACGGGGAGAGCUACGGUCUUGAAGAGGCGGCCGCCGCCGUCGAACCUGUGGGCCGCAUCUACACGGAGAGAGCUGGCAGCACCGACGCGUUCGAAUAUAUCGCCAAUGCAAAUCUGCCCCUUCCAGUACGCGAUCUCGCCGUUGCGGCUUCGCUGUGCAAUGUCGCAGAGCUCAGCCCACCUAACGGUAGCGACCGCAUGGCCUGGUCCGCCCGCGGCGACCCUACCGAGAUCGCCCUCCUCGUCAUGGCUACCAAGCUCGGUCUUGGCCGACCAUCACUCGUUGGCGCGUCGGACACUCAGAAGGAGAAGCGCACCACCGACAAGUACGAGCUCUGCGUCGAAUACCCCUUCGAGAGCGAGGUCAAGCUCAUGACUUCUGUCUACAUCACGCCCGAUGGCGAUGCUCAGGCCUUCAUGAAGGGUGCUGUGGAGCGCCUCCUCGUACGAUGUAUCGGCCUCGAUGAGGCAGCCAAGAGGGUCAUCUAUGAUCAAGCCGAGAAGCUUGCCGGCCAGGGUCUCCGAGUGCUUGCUUUCGCAACACGUAGACUUUCUGCCGACGUCUGCGACUCACUGACUCGUCCUACGUGCGAACAAAGUAUGACCUUCAUCGGACUGUGUGCUCUGUAUGACCCUCCCCGGCCUACCUCCAGAGCUGCCGUGCUUGCCUGUCGCAAGGCAGGUAUCACCAUCGCGAUGCUUACCGGUGAUCACAAGGCUACUGCCGCUGCAAUCGCUCGCGAUAUCGGCAUUUUGCAGAACACCGACGGCAAAGACGCAAUUUUGACGGCACAGGAGUUCGAAGCUCUCAGUGAUGAAGCCGUCGACAAACUGCCUGAGCUGCCCAAGGUCAUCGCUCGCUGCAGUCCCAGCACCAAGGUACGUAUGAUCCACGCAGGCCGCCGUCGCAACAUGUUCAUCGCCAUGACCGGUGACGGAGUCAACGAUGCGCCCGCCUUGAAGCAAAGCAAUGUCGGCAUUGCUAUGGGAAUGACUGGCACUGAUGUCGCAAAGGCUGCGGCUGACAUGGUCCUCACGGACGACUGCUUUGAGUCUAUUGUCAAGGCUAUCAAGGAAGGACGAACCAUCUUCGACAAUAUUCAGCGCUUCGUCGUCGCCUUGCUCGUCGCAAAUGUCGGUGAGGUGCUUCUGCUUCUCGUCGGUCUGGCCUUCCGAGACGACGAGGGCGAGUCCGUCUUCCCACUCACGGCCGUCGAGAUCCUUUGGAUCAACAUGGUCACUGCUUCUCUUCCCGCUAUCGGUCUGGGGAUGGAACAGGGAGGAGAAGAGAUCAUGAAUCGUCCUCCAGCCGAUGUCCUCGGGGGCGGUGUCUUUUCAAAGGCAGUCAUCACAGAUAUGCUCUUCUAUGGAGUGCAAAUGGGCUGGACCUGUCUUGUCGUUUUCAUCGCCAUGAUAUAUGGCCCCGGCGGUGGCGAGCUAGGACGUGGAUGCAACGCCUCCCUCGCCUCUUCUGACGCCUGCAGUGGCGUCUUGCAGGCCCGCUCCGCCGUAUUCACUGCUCUCACACUGCAGAACCUUCUCCAAGCAUGGUGUGCCUUUUCUCUGGACAGAACCAUCUUCUCCCUUCAGGCGGCCAAGCACAUCUAUCGCAAUCCUCUGCUUUUCUGGAGUGUACUGGGAGGUGCAGCAACUGUGCCGCUCUGUUUGUACGUCCCCGUCUUCAACGAGGUCGUCUUCCACCACGCUGCGCUCAAUGGUGUCGGAUGGGGUGUGGCGAUGGCCGCCACGGUCCUCUUCGUAGGGCUCCUCGAGGCCUGGAAGUACCUUGCGAGGAGGGGAGGUAACAAGUGGCUCACGCGCGUCACUGGUGGGGAGGCGUUGGCCAUCGCAAAGCCGAGUGCUAGCAUUGCGUAGACGCCUCUGACCUCGAGACGGCGGUUCAGAAUUGGUAACUCCUUGCCUCUGCUUGUCUUUCGAUAUUACUUCCCGUGCGCCAGAUGAGAUCGAGCCGCUCGCAUCCCCAUCGAUUGGCAUCACGACACCUUUCUCCGUUCCCAUCACGAAAAUGAAAAUGACUUGUUUCCUCGCUCGUCUCGCUGGCCCUCCCCAGUCGGCUCGAAAGCAAUGCACUCGUAUUCGUAUGUCCGCGUCCGUCAUGUAGUCCCACUCCCUAGGCCGCGUACAACUCAAGUCUCGCCACAGCACGCUGUCCGUAGUCUAGCGUAGCACAUCUUCUACCCUGAACCGUACCAUGUAUCACUAUUCACUCUCGCAGUGAGCACAUCCAUCACGCACUCCGUCGCUUGGGUGGGACUUGUAUGGCAG